GCCAAGCAAACAGAUUCUCGCAGUCGUUGUUUCGGAAGAUUCGCUUCCAUUUUCUUCUCUUAUUCCCGCACCUAUAAAUACUUCAAGAAAACCCACAGUGACAACUAGACAAUCUACUUCUUUAACCCCUUGCUGGUUCUCGAGAGAAACAAGAGAGAGCAAAUGGCCAACCCGCCAAAGCCAUGGAAAGCCGAAUACGCCAAGUCGGGUCGAUCAUCUUGCAAAACUUGCAAGAACACCAUCGACAAGGAGGUCUUUAGGCUCGGCAAAAUGGUCCCAGCCACUCAGUUCGAUGGCUUCAUGCCUAUGUGGAACCAUGCCAAUUGUGUACUAAGGAAAGCAAACCAGAUAAAGUCCAUUGAUGAUGUUGAAGGCAUAGAAUCACUUCGAUGGGAAGAUCAACAAAUAGUUAGGAACUAUGUGGAGGACGGCGGACCUGCAAAUACAAAAACUGUCACUGUUACAGCUAUGGAAUAUGCUAUUGAAGUUUCGCAAACUUCUCGUGCUACUUGCAAGCAUUGCAGCCAAAAGAUUAUGAAAGAAGAGGUUCGUAUAUCCACCAAGCCCAAGGGCCAAGGAUCCAAGGGAUUGGUGUGGAAUCAUGCCAUGUGUUUCAUGGAACUGUCUCCUGCUACUCAAGUGGUGAAGUUGCCUGGAUGGGAAAGCCUUUCCUCUUCUGACCAGGCAACUGUUCGUGCACUGGUUAAGAAGGUUCCUUCUGCUGCUAAGAAUGACAAAGGAACUGAGGUACCAGAGGAUAAACAGCUACAAUCAACGUCCAGAGCUGGCACAAAACGUAAAAAAAAUGUUGAUGAUGAUCAGAACUCAAAAGUCACUAAGUUGGAAGGUGAUGUGCCAUCUAGUAGGGCUGGGUCUACAAAGAACGCCAGUGACUUGAUGGAUAAAAAGCCAAAAGAUUCUGAUCUGGAAAGUAAAAUGGAGGCCCAGACUAAAGAACUAUGGGCUUUGAAGGAUGACUUGAAGAAGCAUGUGACAACAGGAGAACUGCGUGAGAUGCUUGAAGCCAAUGGUCAAGAUGCAACAGGAUCAGAACUUGAUUUGCGUGAUCGUUGUGCUGAUGGGAUGAUGUUUGGAGCACUUGGUAAGUGCCCCAUGUGUUCCAGUAGUCUUCGAUUUUCUGGAGGCAUGUACCGUUGCCAUGGCUACCUGUCAGCAUGGAGCAAGUGUUCUUACUCUAGUUAUGAACCUGAACGUGUUAAAGGGAAAUGGAAAGUCCCAGAUGAAACGGAUAAUGAAUUUCUUAGCAAGUGGUUUAAAUCACAAAAAGUAAAAAAACCCAUUCGCAUACUGCCUCCAUCUGCUUCUUCAAGUCAAGAUGCUAAUGACCAAUCCCAAACUUCAAAGGUUGAAAGCUUGGCAGAUUUGAAAGUUUCUAUCGCUGGAUUACCUCAGGAGUCCAUGGAAGAGUGGAAGGGCAAAAUCAAGGGAGCAGGUGGUAUUGUUCAUGCCAAAAUCAAGAAAGAUACUAACUGCUUUGUUGUGAGUGGGGAGCCGGAUGGUCAUGAUGCUGAGGUCAGGAAGGCAAGGAGGAUGAAAUUGCCAAUCGUUAGGGAGGACUACCUUGUUGAUUGUUUUAAAAGACAGAAGAAACUUCCAUUUGAUUUGUACAAAGUUGAAGCCAUUGGUGAGGCCUCUAGCAUGGUCACUGUUAAAGUAAAAGGCCGAAGUGCUGUGCAUGAAGCUUCUGGUCUGCAGGAUUCAUGUCACAUACUUGAGGAUGGGGGAAGUAUAUUUAAUACAACUUUGAACAUGUCUGACCUAUCAACUGGUGUUAACAGUUAUUACAUCCUCCAAAUAAUCCAAGAAGAUAAGGCGUCAGAUUGUUACGUGUUCCGUAAAUGGGGUCGUGUUGGGAAUGAAAAAAUUGGUGGAAACAAACUAGAAGAGAUGUCAAAAUUAGAUGCAGUCUCUGAAUUCAAACGUUUAUUUCUUGAGAAGACUGGGAAUACAUGGGAGGCAUGGGAGCAGAAACAAAAUUUCCAGAAACAGCCUGGCAGAUUUUUCCCAUUGGAUAUUGAUUAUGGAAUUAACAAACAGGUGUCAAAAAACAAGCACUCUGAUGCAGACAGUCGACUUCCUCCUACGUUACUUGAUUUGAUGAAGAUGCUUUUUAAUGUGGAAACAUACAGGGCUGCAAUGAUGGAGUUUGAGAUUAAUAUGUCCGAAAUGCCACUGGGAAAGCUUAGCAAAAGUAAUAUUCAGAAGGGUUUUGAGGCAUUAACAGAGAUACAAAAUCUAUUGAAUAGCAAUGCUUAUGAUCCUUCUGUCAAAGAGAGCUUGAUUAUUGAUGCCAGUAAUAGAUUUUUUACUGUUAUUCCUUCUAUCCAUCCACAUGUCAUAAGGGAUGAAGAUGAUUUUAAGUCUAAGGUGAAAAUGUUGGAAGCUCUUGAAGACAUUGAAAUAGCCUCAAGAAUAGUCGGUUUUGACAAUAACAGUGAUGAUUCCCUUGAUGAGAAAUAUAAGAAACUCAAUUGUGAUAUUGUUCCCUUUCCUCAUGAUAGUGAAGAAUAUCGGUUGAUUGAGAAAUAUCUCCUUACCACUCAUGCCCCCACUCAUACUGAUUGGACUCUUGAACUGGAAGAAGUAUUCUCACUUGAAAGAGAAGGAGAAUUUGAUAAGUUUGCUCCUUAUCGAGAAAAGCUUACAAACAGAAUGCUUCUCUGGCAUGGUUCUCGGUUGACAAAUUUUGUAGGAAUACUUAGCCAGGGACUGAGAAUAGCUCCUCCAGAAGCUCCAGCAACUGGCUACAUGUUUGGCAAGGGGAUAUACUUUGCUGAUUUGGUCAGCAAGAGUGCUCAGUAUUGCUAUACUCAUAAGCAAAGUCCUGUGGGCCUAAUGCUUCUCAGUGAGGUUGCCUUGGGGGAAGUCUACGAGCUAACAAAGGCCAAGUAUAUAGAAAAGCUACCAAAAGGAAAGCACUCUACAAAAGGCCUUGGCAAGAAAGUACCUCAGGAGUCUGACUUUGUGAAGUGGAAGGAUGACAUUAUUGUUCCUUGUGGCAAACCAGUUUCAUCCAAAGUGAAGGCAUCUGAGCUGAUGUAUAAUGAAUACAUAGUUUAUAACACAGCUCAAGUUAAGAUGCAGUUCUUGUUGAAGGUGAGGUUUCAUCAUAAGAGAUGAGGCAAGAUGAUGGAUGUUUAUAUGUACUUUGGCGAAGGUCACAAUCUGUAAAUGCCAAAAAAUUGAAGUUGGUCUUUUUUUGGAUUUUCUGAAGGAAGGUUGGGUCUUGAUAAGAUCUCUUUUUGGGGUUAGCUUGGAGUUGGAGAUCUUUUAACUUGUCUAUUAUCGAUGUGAAUGCUGUUUGUAAAUUAUGGAAAAACACUCGCAACUUUGAUCUUGUAAGAUUCCAUCAUCUUUUCGCCCUACAUGGUGGGAUUAAAUGGUAAUGAAUCUACCAGCUUAUUUCAUCCUUACAACAUGAGCAAAUUCAAUUUGCAUGACAUUUAUGGAGUUUAAAA